AUGUCCACAUCAACGAGAAACGUGUUGGGCAGAGUCAGGCGGAUGGUCCCGCCGAUGCUGGACACGUAUCAUAAGGGUCAGCUGGGCCGAGUUGCUGUCAUUGGAGGCAGCGAGGACUAUACCGGAGCUCCGUACUUUUCGGCCAUGGCCAGUGCGAGGUUGGGAUGUGACAUGUCACACGUCAUCUGCACUCCGGCAGCUGCGGCAGUCAUAAAGACAUAUUCACCAAACCUCAUGGUUCACCCACUCAUGCGCCAAUCUUCUCCGCAGAACAAAACAUCAGAGGACGAAGACUCCAACCCCGACCACGUAGCCCGCAAGAUCAUCGAUAUGCUAGGUCGACUACACGUCCUGGUCGUAGGCCCUGGACUAGGCCGUGAUCCGCUCAUGCAAGCAACCGUAGCCCGCGUCAUCAGGGCUGCCAGAGAGUCCAACAUGCCCGUGGUUCUCGACGCCGAUGCUCUACAAAUUGUCCAAACCGAUCCAGAUGUGGUCAAGGGCUACAAAAAUGCAGUCUUGACCCCCAACGUUGUCGAGUUCAAGCGUCUAUGCGAUGCCCUCAAGAUCGACGUCGGCCACCAGUCCAGCGAGACGGGCAAGGUAGAAACCCUUGCUAAAGAACUAGGCGGUGUGACAAUCAUCCAGAAAGGCUCCAAGGACUUUAUUUCCAACGGCAAAGUCACUCUGGUCAGUGAUCUGGAGGGUGGGAAGAAGCGAAGCGGUGGGCAGGGCGAUACUUUGACUGGAGCUGUAGCCACAUUCUUGGGAUGGCGAAGGGCUUAUCUAGAUGGCCUGUGGAAGAAUCAUGAGCAGCCUGCUCUUGAUGCCGAUGAGAUGAUGGGCUUGGCUGCGUUUGGAGGAAGUGCGGUGACUAGAGAGUGCUCUCGGCUAGCCUUUGUCAAAAAGGGGCGAAGCCUGCAGGCAAGCGAUCUCACAGACGAGGUACACACUGCCUUUAUGGGACUAUUCGGCGAGGUCGAUGGCGAAGCAGACGCGGCAAAGCUGUAA